AGAGGCCCCUUCCUCCCAGAUAAAACUGUCAGCCUUCCACUUUGAUACAGCACAUCUUGGAGGCAGAAGAGGAUCUGAUUCUCUCUUCCCACCUGGUAGGAAAAGACGAGUUUCCAGAGGCAGGAAGCCUGCCGAACAGGGGGAGGAACCACCCUUUCUUGACCCAAAGAACUCUAUCUCUGAGAGGAACAGGAAGGUGGAAGGGAAGCUGCCUCAGGGGAAACCCAUGCUUUGGGCCAUAUUGUUCCUGAAUGAGCAAGGAGAUACUUUAAGACCAUAAGCUCAAGAUUCUGGAUCCAUUGUGGGGGCACAUUGGUCUUCAAGGGAUGGGCCUUUCUGCAGCCUGGUUCAGCACAGGACUGGCACUACUCAAAGUGCAGGCGGGAGGAUAAGGCUGUGUCACCAGGACAGUCCUACACCUUAGACUUCUUCUAUGGAAUAUUCCCAUCUACCUCAGAACGUGCUAAUUUGCCUGGCUGGAGUUGACUUGGAAGCUGACUUUGAGGAUGAACGGUGAUGUUCUCUAGCCACCCCUAACACUAUCUGGUGGCUCUUUCAUCUCCAGUUCUUUUUCAAUGUGCCAUAGCUGGCCGAGCCCUUGGAUCUUCUGCAAAUAGACUGACAGUAAUUGACAGUCAGAUAUGACUGUCCAGAAACUGGUGGCCACAGCUGUAUUAGUGGCCCUAGUCUCACUAAUUCUCAAUAAUGCAGCAGCCUUCACUCCCAACUGGGUGUACCAGACCCUGGAAGAUGGGCGCAAGCGAAGUGUGGGACUGUGGAAGAUAUGCUGGCUGGCAGAUAAGGGCAAAGCAGGGGCAGGCAGUGGAACCCGAAAUGGGCAAGGGGAAGAUCGUGAGUGUGAAGCCCUAAGCUGGGGGUCAGACUCAGCAGGAUUCCAGGAAUCGCGAAGUACCGUCAAAUCUUGGUCCAUAAACUCCUGCCAUGUCGCUGCUGCUGGUCAUAUUGCCGUCUGGUCCUUGCUUACGGGAAUCCCUUCUACUUGCUCAGAUUCAGUUACUACCACACAUCAGCCAAGGCUGAGAACACAUGCUACAUUCCACCACCCACAGUCUCCCACUAUUGCAAAGAGGCAAGAGGGUGCAUUUUCUCAACUCUUCUCUGGGGCCAAGUUUUUUCAACAUAAUUGCAAAGAAUUCGGUUUCAGUAUUUUUGUGCUUCCCGUUUACACUGUUGUGGUCAUUGUGUAUGUUUUUUCCCUGGUUUUGUUUCCUUCACUCUACAACAGUUCAUACAAUUAAUUUUUCCCAUGUUUCUCUGAAUUCUUCACAUUCAGCAUUUUUUAUGGUGCAAUAAUAUUCCAUGACAUUAAUGUGCGAUCAUUAUUGACUAAGCCAUUUCCUAAUUGAUGAGGAUCUACUUUAUUUCCAUUCCUUUGUUGCAAUAAAAAGAGUUGCUACGAAUAAUGACGUAUAUGAGCUCUUCUUUUCUGUCUUUGAUAUGCUUAGUGGAUAUUUUAGUUAUUCCAAAUUGCUUUCUAGUUGGACCAACUACCAAUUUCCAUUGCAAAAUAUCAUAUAAUUGGUGGUGCUCUCAUUUUGUGUGGUACCUUUACAUUAUCCAGACUAAUCAUGGGAAAAAGGAAGAACAAGUCCCUUUGUUACUGAACGCAGGCUAAAGAGCCUCAGACUCUUCAGACUCUAAGGAGACAGAAAUAUUUUCAUACAAUUUUCAACCUUUGCAGUGCAGAGGAAGAUAAAAGCUACUUUGUAGAUGUAUGAUUUGGAAAAGAAAGCAGCCAAUUUUGUGUAUUUUUAAUUGUAAUAUGAAAAUAUGGCAAGCACAUCAUGUUGAGUAGGUCACUGUUGGGUCAGUCAAUUCUUUUCUCUAUCCUAUGAUCUAUGGAUUUUCAUUAGCAAAGUAUAGAGAGUACCCAAAGGGUUGCAUUUUGUUUGCAACAUUCCAAAAGGUACUGGUUGUGGGUUUGGAAUUUUCUGUAAAUGGCUGUACUUAACAAAAAAUAGCCUUAGUGAAAUGAAAUUAAUUUGAAUUCGUUUCCUGCAGCCUAUACAUUCACAGGAUCAUAGACUCAGAGGUGAAAGGGAUCAUAUUUGCCAUCUCAGCCAACCCUAUAAUUUUACAGAUGUGUAAUUGAUCAAGAGAAGGGAAGUGAUUCAGCCAGGGUCACACACAACUCAUCUAAACCAGGAUUCAAACUCAGGUCCUCCUGACUCCAUUUCCAGCAGUCUACCACUCCACCAUGUGGCCUCUCUUUAAUUAACUUAUGUUACAAUUACAAGAAAGAGAAAUGGGUAGGUCUGGAGAUCAUAAAGAGGCUACAUGACACAGCAAAAAGAGCCACAGAUUGCAGGCAAAGGACUUUCUGAUUUUGAUUCCCGGUUCUGUCACUUUCUACCUGUAUAAAGUUGCCCAAUUCAAGUCAACAAACACUUAUUAAAUACAACGUGCAAGCUGCGUGUUAGGUGCUAGUUAACCUCUGAGUUUUUGCUUUCUUCAUCUCUAAAAUAAGAAUGACAAUGAUGCAUUAACUACCUCAUGAAAUCGUAGUAAGAUGUGCUUCUAGGAUCUCCAUCUGCAGGGCGUUUUCUCUGGCUCACCCCCAUGCCUGGAAUGCUCUGCCUCCUUCUGGUCACAGCCAAGUCCUACCUUCUACAAGAAGCCUUUCCCCGUCCUCCUUCAUUUUAGUGCCUUCUCUCUGAGAUGCCUCCAUUUUAUCCUGUAAACGUCUUGUUUGUGCAGAGCUGUUUGUAGGCUGUCUCCUCCAUUAGACUGAGAGCUCCUUGAGAACAGGGACUGUCUUUUGUAUUUCUUUGUAUCCCCAGUGCUUACUUAACACAGUGCUUGGCACACAGUAAGUGCUUAAUAAAUGCUUGUUGACUUGACUAUAAUUUUGCUGGUACUUCCUCAACCAACUCUUAUGACACCACCUCUAGAAUUCAGUAUGUGGUUUUUGGAGAAUUGUUGUAGUCAAAAAAACCUAUUGUCAUCAUCUUCCUGUGAUGAGUCUCUAGGAGCUUAACUGGUCUAGUCCUCAGACAGAUAUGCAGUGUAGCACUGAGCCCAUACUGAAAACUAUAAAGAACUAUGUAAAUGUGAACUGCUAUUACUAUCGUCAAUGUCGUCCCAAAGACUUCAGUGUAUUUAUGUUACGGCACCGACAAAGGCCAAGCAAACAAGUAAAAAGCUUGGGGAGGCGGGGAGGAACACUGGGGUUGAGAUUCUAUCUCUUCCCUCAAGAGGUGUGACUGGCUAUCCCACGACACGCCUAGCCUGAACUCCUUCUUCAUCCUCAACUCUUACAGCGCUUUGCUUCAUUCAAGGCCCAACUCAGGUGGCACCUCCUGCGAGCCUUUCCCGAUGCUUCUGGUUGUUAGUGUUCUUUCUGUCCUCAAAUUAGAUUGUUUUUAUAUAGGUAAUAUAAAUGUCGUCUCCCCCAUUAGA